CUCGGCGUGCUCGAUGCUCUCGGUUUUCUCCGCUCAGACUCGGGCAUGUCCGUCUCUUUCACUGUCGCGCCGCUGCGGGCGUGUCGCGACAUCUUAAAAGAGCUCCGCGCUGUCAAAGGACCCGGAUACCAGCGCAGCCCCGCCUACAGAUACGUCAUGGACCAGUUCAGACACAACCGGAUCACCAGUGAGAAGCUGUGUCGCUCACAGCAGGAUCUGCUCCACCGGGCCUCCUCGUACCUCUGUCUGCUCCAGAGCACCCGGCUGCACCUCUCUCUGCACGCGGAGUACCACGGAGAGGGGUCCACGAGGGAGAAGGGGCUGGGGGACGUGGCUCGCAUGGUGGGGCUGGCAUUGCCUACACAGCCCGGAGGGAAAGGGUGGGAGUGAGAGAGGAGGAGUGGAGAGGAGGAGAGGAGAAGAGAGGGAGGGAGGGAGGGAGGGAGGAGAGGAGAGGAGAGGAGAGGAGAGAGGAUGGAAUUGGUUACGGAGCCACGCUGUCGAUGCUGAAUCUCUGGGAUCCUUCGAGACCCGACUUGACAAAGUUCUGAGAUCCAUCAGCUGCUGGGAAGCGGACGAACUCCGAGGGGCUGAACGGAGACCCCUCUCCAUCGGGGGGGGUGGGGGGGUGAUUUCUCUCUUUCUUCUGUUCUUCAGUCCAGCCUGCAACCCAAACUAGACUCACAGACCGCUGUUCUUGAAAAACUCCCCCUCUCUACACUGCCUUUCAUUGAAGAUGUUCUGUAACUUUUUAAAUAAAGUUAUUAUUGAGUGAUUGAA